GGCGGGAACAAGGGCAGAUUCGGAAUCGGCGCAAAAAAAAAUCUGCUAAUCUAAAGUUGACUUGCAUCUAUGAUUUAAAAAAAAUAUAUACUGUAUACAUAUAUGUGUGUAGUAAAAAUAAUAACAAUACUGGUAACCAGUGUAACUGAAAAACGAGUAUCUUCGAAUCAUUUAUGAUGCAAUGUAAAAGGCAGAAGUUGGUAGUUUUUUGAAAGUGUGUGUGUGUGUGCGUGUGUGUGUAUGUGUGUGUACUGCGUGCGUGCGUGUGUAUGUGUGUGCGUUUGUGUGCGCGCGCGCGGGGAUAAGCAUUCCCCCACUUACGAUAGUCUGAUUUCCAAUGACGCGGGCGGCACAAUGAACGUCUCACGCGCCUUGCUGACGGUUUUGCUCGUGGCGCGGCCCGCCGAGUCGCGCUGCUCGCCCACUUCUUACUACAAAAACUGCUGGAUUCGGAGUUUCACGGGAAUCGUCGUGGACUUGGAGGAGUCCCAGAGGCAAGGGGCGCGGCUGCUGAGGACUUACCGGGAGGAGAGCGCGCUGAGAUGCGGCCGCACUUGUUGCCUGACGUCGAAUGCCCCCUCGUGCAACGUGGCGGUGUUUCACUUGGAUGCCACGCAUGACAACUGUUGCCACCUGCACUGUCCGACUUUGGAGAGCUGCGUCAUUAGCCGCAGCACCGAGUCUGUCCUCUACAAUGUCACCAAAGGUGUGGAUCCGGACCUGUUGGUGUUUGGCAAACAUCUGGCCUCCAACAUCCGCAUGGGCCGCGUCAACGCCUCUGAGCUGCUUCCCUUGGACAAGCGACAGUUCUUCCAUCCGCUUCCACCUGUUGCCACCAUCAAACCAACCGCCUCCAGCACCCGGAAAACCACCGGGAGAUCCUCAACAGUCACCCCGAAACCUCUUCGGUCAUCCGUCAGCACAUUCCAGAUGAGCAUACCUACAUACUUGGUUCCUUACCGUGCCCCGCCAGCCCCUACUUUCCUCCCCACGACCGUCACCACUCGUCCCCUGACCUCCUCCACGUCCGCAGGCACCGUCGACACCAAUGUUCGGAGUGCCCAAACGUCGGUUAAAAAGCAAGACUACCCCAACAGUCAAGCGUGGAUGAAAGAGCGAGACGCUAAUUAUCGAAGCCCCAAAUUGUUGCUUCAAGAGCGAGGCGCCAACCAUUCAAGCACCCAAACGCUGGUUAAAGAGCGAGAAUCCCAUCAUCGAAGCACCCGGCCGUCCUUUACAAAGCGAGGCACGAAUGAACCGAGCACCCAAUCAGCUGUUAAAGGACGAGACGCCAACUAUUCAAGCACCUGGACGUCGGUUGAAGAAACUAGUCAACCAAGGACCCAGAGGUCAUUUCAAGGGCAAGACACCAACGAGCACAGCAGCCAGGCGUCAUUUCAAGACCCAGACAGCCAAUCGUCAUUUCAAGGGCAAGACACAAACAAUCCCAGCACCCAAUCGUCGUCAAACGAGCCAGACACCAACGAUUCAAGCACCUGGAAGUCGGUUGAAGAAACUAGUCAACCGAGCUCCCAGAGGUCAUUUCAAGGGCAAGACACCAACGAUCACAGCACCCAGGCGUCAUUUCAAGACCAGGACAACCAAACGUUCUUCAAAGAACAAGACACAAACAAUCCUCCGAGCACCCAAUCGUCGUCAAACGAGACAGACGCCAAUAAACCGAGCACCCGGACGUCAAUUCAAGCGCGAGGUUCAACUCCGGGCGGAGAGGACACCUUGGUGAAUUCGGGAUCCGGGUAUCACGGCCUGCCGGUGGUGCUGGGCGCCUGCGUGGCCGUACUGCUGGGCUGUUUAGUCUGGCUGGUUUCGAGCUGGAGGGCGAAGAGGAGGAGGAGGAUGGAAUGCGACCGUACGUCCCGGAGAAGAGAAACCACGCGUCUGAUUAAGUACGACCUGGUCACAGAGGGCGAGAACUAACUGAAAGGUUUUGAAGGGAGUUCCGAUCUUGAAUUUUACUGCUUUGGUCCAUUUUUUCUCUUUAGACUUUUUGCUUCUGUUGUAUUUUUAUGAGUAGAAAUGUCAUAUUGCAAUAGCCUAAUAUUCUCACCCCAAAACGUUUUUUCAUUGCUUUUUCAAGACCAAAUUUAUUUGUCAACAAAUGUUAUUUUUUUUCCAAGAAGGAAGUGCAGUAAAACAACAACAACACAUUUUUAGGGGGUAAAAAAAC